AUGGAUAAACAUAUCCCUGUUUCUCUCUUCUUCAACUUCUAUUCCAAUUUCACAAUUUCAUUUCUAUUUUCAAGGUGUUUGUUGUUUGGUCUGAAACAGAUGGGAGGUGGUAAGGAUGGACAUCAUGAUGAAUCUGACAAAGGGGUGUUUUCACAUCUUGCUCAUGGUAUAGCUGGUGCUGCACAUGGUGGAGGUUACCCUCCACAACAUGGGUAUCCUCCUCAACAAGGGUAUCCUCCGCAACAUGGGUACCCUCCUCAACAAGGGUAUCCACCAGCUGGGUAUCCUCCGCAACAAGGAGGAUAUCCUCCAGCUGGGUAUCCUCCACAACAAGGGUAUCCACCUGCUGGUUAUCCUGGUUCUUCUGGUCAUAGUGUUCCAGGGUCUCAUGGACAUGGUGGACAUGGCGGUAUAGGAGGAAUGCUUGCUGGAGGUGCAGCCGCAGCUGCCGCUGCUUAUGGUGCUCAACAUCUCGCCCAUGGCUCUCAUGGCUCUCAUGGUGGGCACUAUCCACAAGGAGGCUAUGCACAUGGUGGCUAUGGUCAUGGUGGUGCUCACAUGCCCCACGGAAAAUUCAAGCAACAUGGCAAGUUCAAGGGGGGAAAGCAUGGCAAGCAUGGAAAGUUUGGCAAGCAUGGUGGAGGCAAGCAUGGAUUCAAGAAGUGGAAGUAA